UCUGGAGCCUUGGCUCUCGGUGUGCGUGGCAGCCUCAGUCCCCUCCUCCCUGCCUCCUUCCUUCCCUGGGAAGGGCUGAGAUGGAGAAGCCCGCCUGACCGACCGACCCCCCCUCUCGCCGCGUCCUCUUCCUCUCUCCCGCCGUUGAGCGCGCUCUCCCUCCGCCUGUUCCAUUCACGCUUUGCAGGGGGGUUCCGUUCUGUGCUCUGCCAAGAGACCCUUGAGGCUGCCUGGCGAGCAUGUCUUCGGCCAAACAAAGGAGCAACAAAGGCGGCAGCCCCGCCGCGGCCCCGCCGGCGGAGAAAGGAGCCCACGAUGACGUGGCAAGGAAGCCCCAGCACCAGGGUCACCCCAAAGGGGCCAAAGGGGCCGGAGCCUCCUCUUCCUCUUCUUCGGCGGGGGGAGGCUCCUUCUGCAGCUUCGGGAGACUCUUCACCACCUUCCUGUCGCUGCUUUUCUUAGCCGGGGCGUCGCUCUCGGGCUUCUACCUCCAUCACCUCCUGGGAGAAGUCCACCAGGUCGGCCUCCGCCAAGAAGGCUUCGCUCGGGAGCGGGACGACCUGGCCCGAGACCUCCAGGCCGCCCUCCAAAAGGUGAAUUCCCUUCAGGACUCAUUUGGAAGAUUUGAAGGCAUGCUGAAAAAUGCUCAGCAAAAGCAAGAAAUCACUGAGAGGGCUGUUCAGCAAGGGGAGAGUGAGAUCAACCGCAUUGGUGAGGUUCUUCAGAAACUACAAAAUGAAAUCCUAAAAGACCUGUCGGAUGGGAUCCACGUUGUCAAAGAUGCCAGAGAACGAGAUUUCACAUCACUGGAAAACACCGUGGAGGAAAGGUUAACUGAGUUAACCAGGUCUAUAAAUGACAAUAUUGCUGAAUUCACAGAUGUCCAGAAACGAAGCCAAGAUGAAAUCAACGAAGUCAAAAGAAAGCUGGCUACACUUGGAGAAAUAAAAGAAUGCAAACAUGAUUUUCAGGUUUUGAAAGGGAUUGUUGAUGAGAUGCAAACAUCCAUGAGAGAUAAAGAAAAGACCAUAGAAUCACUGCAAAGUACCAUAGAUACGAUGGAGUCUGAUGUCUUGUCUGAAGUCAAAGAACUCAUCAACCUCAAACAGGAACAUGAAAAGUUCAAAGAGGCCGCAGACACCGAGCACCUUUCAUUACAAGCUUUGGAAGAGAAAGUUCUUAAGGCAGAAGACUCAAUUGCACAUCUUCCUGAUGAGAUUAAGAGACUCAGUGAAGACUUCCUGCGCACCAAGCGAUCGACUACUUUGGAGGGAGACUCUGUGCUGACCAAAGAUGAUGUAGAAAGUCUGCAAAAGAGCAAUAAAAAUAUUGAAUCAAGACUUGAGUCCUUAGAAGAGAGCCUUCAGACUGUGAUGUCCGCAUCUGCAUCACGCAUGGAAGAAAUGGAGAGAGAUGACAGCAAGGUAGCUGCCUUCGAGGAGAGUCUCAGCUCUCUUCGUCAGACUUUAGAAGAUGAUGUUCGCUUUUUGACAGAUACAGUGAGGAGUCUUGGUGAAGCAAAGCUCUCAAUGUACAAUGAUAUGGGUGAACUAAGGAAAAGAAUGAGCGACUUAUCAAACAAUGCUGAUGUACUGGAUAACAUCCAGAAACAAGUUCGUUCUUUAUUGGCUCAAGAACAAUCUCAGGGUCAUCUAGGAGAACUCUCCUCUAUCAAAGGCUCCAUCGAUGAACUGCGCUCUUCUCUUGGCCAGGCUGAAUCUGACAUGAAAAUGCUUCGGACUGCCGUUGACAGUUUAGUUGCCUACUCUGUAAAAAUAGAGACCAAUGAUAAUGAGGUGCAGUCAGUGAAAAGUUCAUUAGAUGACAUAAGAAAUGACCUAGACAGAUUGUUUGUGAAAGUAGAAAAGAUACAUGAAAAGAUUUAAAAAUCUCAUAUAAAGCAUUUUUAACUACAGAACUGCAAAAACAAAAUGAAACACAAAAAGUAGCUUUCCUAGGCCAAAGAGUUUUUGUUAUUGGGGAAAUAUUGGUGGACUUGAAACGUCUGUUAUUCCUAUAGAAAAAUCAAAACACAUUCCAGAUAGGGACCCGUUUUUAAUUUUUACAGAGUCAUGCCCUGCAACAAACCAUUCUGUUUUGCUGCCUUAGCCAUAUGGCUCAGAGAAGAAAAAAGAACAAAAGGCAACUCUUGAUUUUUUUUUUUUUAGACAGACAUGUGUGUUCUGUCAUGUGCAAGGCUGCACCAUAUUUUUGAAUAAGAGGAAGCGCUGCAAUUGCAUUGCAAUAUAUAAAUCAAAUUGUGGCCCAUUUCCACUAAAGAAAAAUAGUUAUGAUAUCCAUCCUAUGAAAUCCUGGGAUUGGUAGUUCUCAGCUAGAGAACUCCACUGCCUCAUAAAACUACAAAUCCCAGGUUUCCAUAGGGCAUUGGUACAGUAAAGUGGAAUAGGUAAAGGUUUUCCCCUGACAUUAAGUCUAGUUGUGUCCAACUCUGGAGGGUGGUGCUCAUCUCCAUUUCUAAGCUGAAGAGCUGGCGUUGUCUGUAGACUACUCCUAGGUCAUGUGGCCGGCAUUACUGCAUAGAGCACUGUUACCUUCUCGCCAAAGCGGUACCUAUUGAUCUACUCAGAUUUUCAUGUUUUUGAAUUGCUGGGUUGGUAGAAGCUGGGGCUAACAGCAGGAGUUCACCCUGCUCCCUGGAUUUGAACCACUGACCUUUUGGUCAGCAAGUUCAGCAGCUCAGUGGUUUAACCUGCUUUGCCACCGGGGGUUACCGUUAGUGGAAAAGUAACAGUAUAAUAGUGUAGUGUGAAUGAGCCAUUGUGUUAUCAAGAUCUGUGACAAGCCUGCAUUCCAAAGUCUUCAUAAUUAAUAUUGCUUUUCCAUAGCAAAACCAAAGACUUAUCUUUACUUUCCUGUUUUUAACCCAUCUGGAAAACUUUCCCUGGUCUGUUAGCUGUGCAUGAUCUCUGCUGAACUCGGUUUUCUGAACAAAGUUAUUUUAAACCUCUCUCUGGUACUUUGGCAAGGUGGGAUAGGCAUCACUCCAUGAUCUAUGUUAAAUGCCUGAUUAUCUGGUGUUAAGUUUGAAGAAAUAGAAAUGGAUCUCAGACUGUUUAAAAGCAACCAAACCUCCAAAACUUUAGAUCUGGGCAAUUGUUGUAAGUAUGAGGAGUAUUAAUAAUAUCGUUCAUUUUAAAGAACCACUGUACUAUUCAAUUGCCUGGAUUCUUGUUUACCUUCCUUAGAAAAUAAAUUUGUUUUGAUAUUUUUAAUUUUUUUACUUAAGUAUUUAGAAAGGUACUUAGUCAUAGAAGGCAGACCUUGGGAAAUGGUCUUACAACCUACACAUGCAGUCUUCCCUAAACUGUUAUACAGGUUGAGUAUCACUUAUCUGAAAUGCUUGGGACCCAGCAUGUUUUGGAUUUCAUUUUUUGGGGGGAAGGGGGGAUUUUGAAAUGCCUGUAUUUGCAUUUACAGAUAUAAUGGGAUACCUUGGAGGUGGGACCCAAGUCUAACACAAAAUUUUAUUUAUGUUUUGUAUACAUCUUAGAUUAGGCAUAGGCAAAUUUCGGCCCUCCAGGUGUUUUGGACUUCAACUUCCACAAUUCCUAACAGCCUACUGACUGUUAGGAAUUGUGGGAGUUGAAGUCCAAAACACUUGGAGAGCCCAAGUUUGGCCAUGCCUGCCUUAGAUACUGUACAUAGUCUAAAGAUAAUUUUAUACACAACAUUUUAAUAAAUUUGUGUGUGAAACAAAGUUUGUGUACAGUAAGCCAUCAGAAAGCCAAGGCUCUCUGUCUUAGCCCAUCCACAAUUUUUGAUUUUGUUUUUCUUGAUCAACCUGUACAGUGUUUACUUUUGGAAAGAUCGUAGCAGCAGAAGUGACAAAGAGAGUACUCCAGUAGAAAGCAAUAAGGAUGUCUGAUUACUUUUGAUGCUACCCAGAAACCAGUAUCUGAAGACCUGAAAUCUUAAAAAUCAAGAAGAACAUAUUGUCUGGAAUCAUUUGUUACUCUUCUGAGCUGCUCCCCACUGACUGUCCUUUUGUGAGCCUUGUAUGACUGUAGUUUUGACUGUGAAAUUAAGUUUUUUUCCUAGUGUCUGUAAUGUUUAAUAAACUUGGAAUAGAAAUUAA